AGCAACUGGCGCCAGUCAGAGAGCAAUCCCACUCGCAGCUACAACAGCACCGACAACCAGGACAACAAAUGUGGUCACAGCUAAAACAAAAUGUGCAAAAUAAAACACGCAACUGUGGCGACAACAACCACUCUCCUAAAAACAUAAAUGCCAUAAACUGAAUAGUCCUCGUAGCGAAAAGUGCAAAGCUAAAACAUAAAAAAAAAUAUAUAUACUAAAUAGAAGAUAAAAAAAGAGAAACAAACCGGCGGAAACGGAAGCGGGCUGAACGAACAAAAAAACGGUACGCACUGGCCACAGCCACAAACAGGAAAAGAAGACAGUCACAGUGAGAGUCACAAUCACGGUCACAGUCAAAGUCACUGUCACAGUUAGUUAAAGGGAUUUCAGAGAAGCAUGUAUGCGGCACUAAUGGACAUGAGCCAGAUGCUGGCUGCAAGCCUGGCCUACGCGCCAGCGGAGCCAAGCUCUGCUGCAGCUGCUGCCGGGGUCAAUCUUAGCCAGCUCAGCAAUUCCAGUCAACUGGAUGCAUCGUCCGUGGUUACGGUAGCCACAGCAGCGACAGUGGGCCAGCACAAUGCCAGCGGCGAGGAGUCCUCUUAUGUGAAGGUAUUGGAUCGUCCGGAGACCUAUAUUGUCACAGUACUCUACACGCUCAUCUUCAUCGUGGGCGUUCUGGGCAAUGGCACUCUGGUCAUCAUAUUCUUUCGCCACCGUUCCAUGCGCAACAUACCCAAUACCUACAUCCUCUCGCUGGCAUUGGCCGACUUACUGGUCAUCCUGGUCUGUGUCCCUGUGGCCACAAUAGUCUACACGCAGGAGAGCUGGCCCUUCGAGCGGAACAUGUGCCGCAUUAGCGAGUUCUUCAAGGACAUUUCGAUUGGAGUCUCCGUCUUCACGCUAACCGCGCUCUCUGGCGAGCGCUACUGCGCCAUUGUCAAUCCGCUGCGCAAGUUGCAGACAAAGCCGCUGACUGUCUUCACGGCCGUCAUUAUCUGGGUGUUUGCCAUUAUGCUGGGCAUGCCCUCGUUCGUUGUCUCGGACAUCCAGAGCUACAACAUAACCACGCCCAACGGCAACAUAACCAUCGGAGUCUGCUCCCCAUUUCGAUCCAAGAUCUAUGCAAAUUUGAAGUGGGUGUCCAAGCAAAGCUCUGUCUCUUUGAUUCUAUCAUGCUAUGAGCUGAAAAGGGCAAGUCCAGUCAAGCGCGAAGCAGCUAUGGUUAUAGACUCACUUUGCGCUUUGGUCUGCUCUAAUUACAGCUUUCUCAAUUCGUGUGUUAAUCCGGUGGCGCUCUACUGUGUGUCCGGCGUGUUUCGGCAGCAUUUCAACCGUUAUCUGUGCUGCAUUUGCGUCAAGCGCCAGCCCCAUCUUCGCCAGCACUCGACCGCCACAGGCAUCAUGGACACCAGCGUCACCUCGAUGCGUCGCUCCACCUAUGUGGGCGGUGGCAUCGGAGUGGGCGGGGCUGGAGGGGGUGGGCCGCGUGCCUCGGUGCACAUGAACAACAACCACGGCGUCAGCGGAGCUGCGGGCGGUCGUGGCGGCAGCUUCCAUCGACAGGACUCGAUGGCCUUGCAGCACGCAGGCAGCAUCAAUGGGCACUCGCAUAAUGCAAACCUGGGUGCUGGGGCUGGCAUCGGCCGAGCCUCCAUCAUCAAUGAGAAAAGCUUCAUCCAGCGCUAUGACGAGCGGACUCGCUACUAGAUUCUAAAUAACAUCUUUUAGCUUCCAGUGCUGGGUAAAUAAAUAUGAAGAAAGAUCGUACUUUAGCCAUAAAUCAUGACAUUUAAAAGGGGUUUUAGAUUUAUUGUGUCGUUUUAAAUGUAAGUAAAGAUAUACGAUGUGUCAAAUCAAAUGUAUACGAUGUGUCAAAUCAUCACUGAAUGGACUACAAAUAAAAUGUGAACACCAAUUUUGGCA